GACCAACAUAAAAAGAAUAUUAGACAAUUUUCACGACUGCUGUGAGGCAUAUUGUGUGGAGUUAGAUUACAGAUAAUCUUGUUGACGGCGCCGUCUUUAUAAAUCGUAACACCCCAUAAACAAGCAGGCAUGGGAGCUGGUUCCAGUCAACCCAGUGAGAAUGAUGAGCAGGCCAUCGUACCCCARCAGGACAGGAGGAAGACCUCUAACAGGAGACACUCUGAGGAAACACUGGMCUGCCCAACCUGCCAGGGCACGGGCCGCAUCCCACGAGGUCAGGAGAGCAAAUUGGUGGCAGUGAUCCCCUGCUCCGAUCAGAGGCUGAAACCACGACACACGAAGUUGUAUGUCACUGUGUCGGUGACGCUGUGCCUACUGGUCAGCUCGCUGGUCCUCUUCUUCUUGUUUCCUCGCAGUGUCAUCCUCUCACCCGGGGCUGUCGAGUCUGUCUAUGUUUACUUCACCCCAACCACUGUCCAAUUGAACAUCACGAACAUCCUGAAUAUUACCAAUGACAACUUUUUUACAGUUCAGGCCUAUAACUUGACAGUGCAGGCUCUUUUUGAUAAAACGGUUGUGGGCAAGGCUGAUAUGAAAAAUGUCACCACCGUCAAACCACUCACGGACAAAACRUUUGCCUUUGAGAUUCCUGUCACGCUAGUGGAGGAGGGUCUGAACAAUUACUGCAAGAAAUCUACAAUCAAGAUCCACACGUUAUUUGUCCAUCUUCAGAUGUCAAUGACUGUCUACUACCUGGCCCACUUUGAGCAGCUUUCCCUGGACACGUAUGAAUACAUCGACUGUGGGUCUAACACCACAACACCCCACAUCAUCAACCCUACACCCUGAGAACAAGGGCUCCAUUAGGGGCGGGAUGACAAGGGUGCGGGGAAGACUGAGGAGCAGGCCAGGAGGUGAACUGUGGAGAACUGUGUGGUCAAAAGCCAUAGUUAAUGCAAAUGUUCCCUCAAGUUAUGGGGAAGAAGGAAAUAACACAAAUGURGAGUUUGAAAUUAAAAUUAAAGCUCUGAAAUGUUC